AUGGCGGCCGAGGAGGGCUCGCAGGACACCUUGCGGCUCCAGUUCAAGGCCAUGCAGGAGAUGCAGCGCAGAAGGCUACAGAAGCAGAUGGAGAAACAGAAGGAAAAGGAACUGAGCCUCAACAGCAGAGCCGAGGACCCCAAAGAGCCCUUGGAGGUCUUCGAUGGCCUCAGCCUUCUCCAGGCCGGGGAGCAAAACUUGAAAAACAGCUUUGAGCGGAGGGUGCUGGAGGACGAGGUUGAGCAGCUUCGCCACCAGCUCCGGGAAACCGUGGACGAGAACGGGCGACUGUACAAGCUGCUGAAGGAGAGGGACUUCGAGAUCAAACACCUCAAGAAGAAACUAGAAGAAGACAGAUUUGCCUUUACAGGGACGGCCGGUGUGGCUGGGGAUGCGAUCGCCACCAAGAUCGUCGAGCUAUCCAAAAGGAACCGGGUGCUGAUGGCAGAGUCAGAGGGUGCAAAAACCAGAGUGAAGCAGCUGAGCAAUCGCGUCCAGGAGCUGGAGCAGGAACUUCAGACGGCCCUGGCCAGGCUGCCGGCCAAGGGGGCCACCAACGCAGGAGUGAAGUCGCCGAGGGCCCAGGUGGGAGACAGAGCCUUGCCGGAGCUCCCGGAGGUGAAGGCCUUGCAGGACAGGCUGGCAGCCACAAACCUGAAGCUGAGUGACCUCCGAAACCAGGUCCAGUCUCUGAAGCAGGAGCUCCGGAUGGCCCAGAAGGUGUUGGCCAGCGAGGUUGGGGAAGAUGUGAACAUCCAGCAGCUUCUGUCCUCGCCAGGGACCUGGAGGGGGCGGGCUCAACAGGUUCUCGUUCUGCAGAGCAAGGUUCGAGAGCUUGAGAAACAGCUGGGACAGAGCCAGAGCCGGCCUGUGGGAACAGCCAGUGAUGAGCUGUCUGUCUACCCAGACCCAAGGAAGCUGUCGGCACAGGAGAGAAACCUGCUGAGGAUCCGCAACCUGGAAAGGGAGAAACAGGAGGGCUGGGAGAAACUGGCUGGUGAGCGGGACGCCCUGCAGAGAGAGCUGGAGGAGCUGAAAAAGAAGUUUGAGGGUCUGAGGUCCCGGAACAAGGUGCUGUCGAGCGAAGUGAAGACCCUCAGGGGCCAAAUGGGGACCCUGGUGGAGAAGGGUCACCAUGACGACGAACUCAUCGAUGCCCUCAUGCACCAGCUGAAGCAGUUGCAGGAGAUUCUGGGGAGCCUGAGUCUGCAGGAGGAAAAGACACGUGCGUCGCAGCACCGCCUGGACCAGCAGCUCAACAACGAGGCUCAGCGGAGCAGCAGCCUCGUCGCCCAGCUGCAGGCCAUGGUGGCGGAGCGGGAGGCCAAGGUGCGGCGGCUGGAGCUGGAGAUUGGGCAGAAUCAAACCCAUGUCUGUCGCCCGCAGUACCAUCGGAAUAAAGGCGUGAGUGAGGGGCCCUCUGGGCCCGAGGUCCUGGAGGACCCGGGCCUGGCCAAGCCCCCGGCCUCGGCUGGUGAUCACGCUGGCAGGCUUGGAUCCUCUCGCUCUGUGACCAGCCUGGGCCACAGGCUCGUGGAAUCUGCGCUCACGUGGCCUUCCCUGACCAGCCCUCAUGGGGCCUCCCCCAGGUUCUCAGACUCCCCAGAACAAAAGGGCUGGCCGGAGCAGGUGACAGAGUUCAAGGCUCUCUGGCAGGCCACCGAGGUGGAGCGCGACCGGCUCACCGAGUUUGUCACAGUCCUGCAGAAACGGGUGGAGGAGAGCAACGGGAAGCUUCUGGAGUCACAGAGGCGCCUGCAGGAGGAGCGGCAGCGCUCGGUGCUGCUGGAGCAGCACCUGGAGAAGAUGCGCCUGGAGCCCGGGAGGACGGCCUCCCAGAGAGCAGCUUCCAGGAGCAGAACAGGUCCGCCCACCUCUAGCACCAGGCCCAACCCGAAUGGGAGCGAGAAGGACCCGACUACCACCCAGCUCUCCAGCAUGCCCGUGGAAUCCCAGAUGGAGGAGCUGACUACCAGGCUGGCCAUCCAGGAGGAGGAGAGCGCAAUGCUGAAGGCCGCCCUGGGCCGAGCCCUGCGGGGGAAGGAGGAGGACUUCCGAAUGUACCACGAGACCCUGGGCCAGGUGAAAGGGGUCUUCCUGAAGGCCCUGCGGCAGCAAAAGGCGGACAAGCGCUAGGACGGUGGCCCAGGGUCACUCUGGCCA